GAAAACUUGCUUAGGGCAUCAAGCCCACUUAACUUCAAAUUUUCUCGUGCCAUUCUAAUUAUGGAACGCUGCUAGCUAUUGUUUGGACUCAUCCUGGAUGAAUACCAUCGCUUCGCCUUAUUAUAAAACAUUUGCCUGCCGUGAUGCCGUCUUUCAGUAUCUUCAUCAUGCUAUUUUUGAUACUGGGCCAUUGCAAUGCUGAGCUGAACAAAACGGAACUGAAAGAGCGGGCGUAUGAAAUGUUCAUGCAUGGAUACCACUCAUACAUGACAUAUGCGUUCCCAGCUGAUGAACUUAUGCCUCUUUCGUGUCGUGGUCGCGUGCGAGGGGUCACUCCAAGUCGCGGCGAUGUCGACGACUGCCUUGGAAACUUUUCGCUAACGCUCAUCGACACUUUGGACACGCUGGUUGUUGUUGGUGCUUUGGAUGAGUUUGAGCGAGCUGUAAAGAUGGUCGUUGAUAACAUUCGCCUCGAUUCGGACCUUAUAGUUUCCGUCUUUGAGACGAAUAUUCGAGUUCUUGGAGGACUUCUUUCUGGUCACCUUUUGGCGGAGUUGGUGCGAGCUAGAGAUCCUUCUCGUCUGCAGUGGUAUAGUGAUAGACAGUUACUCAAGAUGGCCGAAGAUAUAGGAAAUCGUUUGCUUCCCGCUUUCAACACGUCCUCGGGAUUGCCGUAUAGCAGAAUUAAUCUUCGCUAUGGGAUGCUGGAUCAUCUGAAACGUCAGAAAGACACAUGCACUGCUUGUGGAGGAACCAUGCUUCUGGAAAUGGCGGCACUUUCGAGGUUGACCGGGAACGGUGUUUAUGAAGAAAAGGCCAGGAAAGCCAUGGAUUUUUUAUGGGCUCAACGUCACCGAACGUCGGAUUUGAUGGGCACAGUUCUGAAUGUGCAUUCGGGAGAUUGGGUUCGGAGAGAAAGUGGAAUAGGUGCGGGCAUUGACUCAUAUUAUGAAUACUGUCUCAAGGCAUACAUCCUUCUUGGUGACAAAAGCUUUUUGGAGAGAUUCGAUCGCCACUAUGAAGCUGUGAUGCGCUACGUCAAUAAGGGACCAUUGUUUGUUGACGUACACAUGCAUAGACCUACGGUGGCUACACGUUCGUUUAUGGAUGCUCUUCUAGCUUUUUGGCCCGGCUUACAGGUUCUGAAAGGUGAUGUGAGAAGAGCAGUUGAAAUGCAUGAGAUGCUCUUUCAAGUAGUUCGGAAACACAAGUUCCUACCCGAGGCCUUCACUCAUGAUUUUCAAGUACAUUGGGGCGAGCAUCCCAUUCGUCCUGAAUUUAUUGAAAGCACGUAUUUUCUUUAUCGAGCCACGAAGGAUCCACAUUAUCUCGAUGUUGCCAAGCAGGUCAUGGAGAGUAUAAACGAGUUUGUUCGCGUACCUUGCGGAUUUGCUGGAGUCAAAGACGUGCGCACUAUGUCGCAUGAAGACAGGAUGGACUCAUUUGUCCUUUCGGAGACAUUUAAGUACCUGUACAUGAUUUUCGCGGAACCAGCAGAGCUGCCAUUUGACCCUGACAAUUACGUGUUAACCACUGAAGCUCACUUCUUGCCUCUCAGUAUUGGCGCUCAAUCAGAAGACGUUCCUCGUCGCUUAUUUAUUCGUCCUGAUGAUGUACCAACCUUGCCCGAUAAGGAGUACGAAUUUGCAAAUCCGUUCGGUGCCGAUCAGGAGCCUACUGAAGCUGAAGAAGCAAUGCGAAUUCGAGAACGAACACAAAAUAUUCUCGAGAAGUUAUUUGAUAUCCAGCGACAGCAGGAACCGCAGUCGGGACAGUGCUUCAAACCAUCUGAACGUUUACGUGCAUGGUCCUUCUCUGGAAAUAACGCGGAACACAUCAAACAAUUACAACAAAUGGGAAUUCAGGUACAAAUCUAUGAAGACGGCCGCAUGCAAUUAAGUCAUCAUAGCUCAAAUGGUGAAACCGUAUCAUGCGAACUUGCCGAUAGCGAAUCUCUUCCGCCUUCGAUAACCACUCGGUUUUCUGGUCCGAACGCUUCGCUUGGACAGAUGGUCAGCCUACUCAUGCUUGUUUUGGAUAUCAUUGAGUUCUUUCAAAGCAAAAACGAAAAGCGGUUAGAUUAUCAGUAUUACAAGAAGUCAUGUGAGGUUAAUUGGUUCAAAUCAAGGAUAUUUGUUCUAGGAAGUGCAUAUAGGAGUCUUUCGGAAUGUAUGUUUAUCUGA